GAGAAGAGGCCACUGAAGCACUGGUGUGUGUACCGGGACUGGAAGAAGAGACCUUUCCGAUUGAAUAGGGCUUUCCGGCAUUCCGCGUGGGUUUGCUGUUCCUUCCCUUGAGGGAGUGAGCCUCCGCAGCCUGGGGGCUCGGCCAUUCGAGCUCCGGGGAGCAGUCCAGGCUGGGGAAUUCCGGGCGGGGGCGGCAGCCAAAAGCCCUGACUGGGCGGGACGGGGAGGGGCGGCAGCAGCAGCACGCCACCUAUAAGAGGAACGCGCGCAGCCGGCUCCGGACUUGUCCGGAUCCUUGUCCUAAGCUUUCCACACGCCAGCCUGGCUGGGAGGCACCAUGCCCCCAUUCGGCUUUUUCGCCCUUUUGCUCCUGGCGGCUAGCGCCGUAGGCGAAUCGAUCCGUGAGACAGAAGUGAUGGACCCCCGGGACCUCUAUGAUGCUCAGUACCCCUCUGGAGACCUGCCAGAUGAUGAGGAUGUGGGAGGGGCCCUUCUGGAACAAGAGCCUGAUGACUUUGAAUUGUCAGGCUCAGGAGAUACAGAUGAUACCGAGUCAUCCGAGACAUUCUUUAACACAGUUCAGCCAUUGGUGCCCCUGGAUAACCACAUUCUUGAGCAGGAGCCUUCAAGCCAGGGUCCCAAGGACUCUGAAGAGCUGGAGGAGAAUGAGAUCUUCUCCAAGAAGAGCUUUUCCUUUGAGGAAGAAAAAAUGAACAACAAAGUGUCAAUGUCUAGCACUGCCCAAGGCAGCAUCUUUGAGAAGACAGAAGUCUUGGCAGCUCUGAUUGCUGGUGGUGCCGUGGGUCUCCUGUUCGCUAUAUUCCUGAUCCUGCUGCUGAUCUAUCGAAUGAAAAAGAAGGAUGAAGGCAGCUAUGAUCUGGGCAAGAAGCCCAUCUACAAGAAAGCCCCUACCAAGGAGUUCUACGCAUGAGGCCCUCAGGGGCAGCAGAGCAUAGACUUAGGGGUGGGGAGGGGAGGGUUGGCCAUCUCAGUGGGAGGGGAAGGCACUGACCAGCCAGGGUGUCUCCACUGUUUCUUUCCGCUUAUUUCUCCCCUCUUCCCAUAAAGUGGGUGCUUUUGCAUUUUGGGGAGCGGGGUAGGUUAUAUAAGAGAAAAUUUUCCUCUUCCUCAUCCCCACCUCCUGUUCCUUUACCAGUUCCUCAUCUUUCUGAGCCUCAGUUGUUUCAUAUGAAAAAUGGCAAUAAUUCUCUAGCCUGAAAGUCAGAGCUGGAAAAGGAAAUCUCUUGAAACUCUUCCUGCUCUGAUCUUAGAAUUUAUGAUACCUGGUCUAAUGUUGGGCAUUCUGGAGUCUGAUUUGAGAGGGAACAGUUGGAGGAAGGAGAGGGAACUAGAUGGACCCCAAGCAUUUCUUGGGGGCAGUAUAGGCAAGGUCCUACAGUUCUCUCAUUUCUGUCCAGGGCAAGCUGUCCUUUUAUGUAGGGGUGGGCCAAGGUCACCCCAUAUCUCCAAGGCAUUGCAAUUGGUGGAGGAGAGGUAGAUGGAACUAUUAACACAUAGCGAUGUUUAUGACAUUUAUGAUGUCUAUAGCAGUAGCAAUGCAUUACCCUAGGGUGGCAUCAGGGAAAAGAGAUAGUGGGGAAACAAGAGCUCUUGUGUAAACGCUAGGGAAAAGAGAUCAGGGAUAAGUUGUACUGGCCUGUUGAGGACUCCUUUUAUAACUUCUUUUGGGGGUAGGUAGAGAGAGCAUACAAACACAGGUGAAUACUUAGAGAAGUGAUUUGUAGAGUUUUCUCUUAAGAAGAAAAACGUUAAGAACUUAAAAAAAAUAAUGUUCCAAUUUUUGAAGAGUUCAUUCCUUGGGGUGGAGGCUGCUCCUGCCCUGGUGCAUGGUGGGAGAUACCAGCUUGGGUGGGCCUUGCCUCCAGCAUCUCCCAACACCUGCUGUGGCCUGUCUUAUUUAUGUGUCUUUAUUUUUUUGUUUUUGUUUUUGUUUCAAAUGAGGGGAGAGCCUGGGGUGUGAUUUUUAUGAAAUUGUUUUUUAUUAUUUAUGGACACUCCUUACCUCUCUAAUCCCUUCCUUUUUGAUACUUCAGACACUGUCCUCAACCUCAGCCCCUUCCACAUCAGGAAAAUAGAUUCUUGCAGAUCCCAAAUUGUGUUGAUAUUGUAGGCAAUGGUGGGCCUUUGUUUAUCUUGGUAUGUAAUAUAUUGUUCUUUCUCCUCAGUUCUAGAUAGAGAUAUAUUUUUCAAGUAAAGUGUGUGAUUUAAAGAGUAUAAAAUAGGCUGGGUGGGUGAGUGGGAGUUCAUGAGUGGUUGACUUCAGCUCUCGAUUCUUUCCCUGGCCUCUUCCUCUGGUGCCUUCUCCCAAUUUGGAUGGUGGCAGUAGCCAUGGUGUCGAGAGUUGGUUGGCCCUGGUCUGAGAUCCUGGAGGGAGCGGACUUUCCUGGGACUAUUGAUGGAGGCACAGUCCUGAACUGACUCCUUAUAUGAGAGCAGAAAAAUCCCAGAGAACCAGCCCCAUGGACCCCUGGUGAAGAGAGAAGGGCCUUCUAGGGAUUCCCUUUCCCACCACCACCCUGCUGGCUGGGGUGGGUAGCUCUUCCCAACCUGCCCAUUUUCUUGCUCCCUGAUCUGACUUGGUUUCCCUACCCCGUACCUGCCCCAGGACUCCAGCUGGCUGGAUCUCUGCCCUCUUCCUCCCUUGACACCCCCAUCCAACUUCCUGUUGCCCACUGUUGUGACUGAGUGGUGGGAGUGGGCACUUCCUGCCUUUUUGUAGUUGCCUUUCACUGUGUCUGUUACUGAUAUUUUGGAUAAAAAUAAAAAGCUUUCUCAAACCC